AUGGGCAACAUUCUCUUCUGCGACUGCGAGCAGAUUCUCCAGGCGAAGGAGGAUCGCGAUGGGCUUGAUGAAGUGAACAGCCAGAUGGUCCACAGGCUCUUUGAGCUGUAUAACUACGACCGCCACGGGAAGCUCUCGGUGGAUGAGUUCGUGACCAUGCGCCUGAACCAGAAAUGCAGCCAUGCGAACGUGUCCCAGGAUUUCUCCGAACAGAUCAAGGAGCAAAGCAUCCGUGAAUUCCACACUCAGCUUGAUGCCAAUUUCAAGCCGGUUUCAUACCGGACCUUCAAGCAAUAUAUGUGGCGCAAUUUGAAGGCCAUCGAGCCGACCGACAGGAACGCGCAGUUCCUCAUCCUGGAAGGGCUAUUGAUUGAGGCUCAGGUGGCUCGUGAGAUGGUGGAGAGGAGCCGUAGGCGAAAUUUGCCAACAAUCCUCACCAGCAUUCCCACAGCGACAGCAGGUACUGAGUUCUCUCCCAAGCGCAAGGUGGCAGGUCCUCCGCUCACAGGACCAGCACGAAGGCAAUGA